AUGCACAAUAAACAUGUGAACAAGCUACGAGAGUAUUUCUACAAUAAAGAUGCUGCACUACAUAAAACCGUAAUAGAGGCAGAUAAAAAAUACACUCCAUUAAACAUGGCAGAUAGAAACGCAGUAUUUCAAAUUGAAAUAAACGAUGAAAUCUUGCAUCAAUGGGCUCAGAAGGCGGUCCACGGCGGGCAUUUUUCCGACCUGCAUCAGGAAGAUGUUGACAUUAAAGCGUCAAACAAAUGGCUGAGCAACGGAGACUUGUACGCCGAGACCGAAGGCUACCUGCUGGCUAUUCAGGAUAGAGUACUACCAACAAGAAAUUAUAAAAAAUAUAUCCUUAAUACCCCUCACACAGAAGAUAAGUGCAGAAGAUGUGGCCAAAAUGGAGAAACUAUUGAACACAUACUAAACGUUUGUUCAACUUUAGCACCCACAAAAUACACAAUAAGGCACGAUAAUGUAGCAAAAAUAGUUCACCAAAACCUUGCAGUUAAACAUCACCUUCUUGAACAAAAGUGUCCUUACUUUAAAUAUUCACCUGAAGCUGUUCUGGAGUCAAAUACCCAUAAACUGAUGUGGAACAGAUCUAUCAUAACAGACAAAGCAAUUCAACAUAAUAGGCCAGAUAUAAUACUCACUAUUAAAAAUGAAAUGAUAACCUACUUAAUCGAUAUCGCAGUACCUUGGAACAGAAAUCUUUCAAAUACUCACAACCGUAAAAUACAAAAAUACUCUGAGCUUGCUAGCGAGAUCAAAAGAGUUUGGCGCCAACGGGAGGUUCAUACAAUACCAGUGGUCCUAUCUUCUACAGGACUAAUACCCAAAAAACUUCAUAAGUCACUUCAGUCUCUCGGCCUUCAACAAUAUCUCUAUAUGGAACUACAAAAAGCCAGCAUACUACAGACUUGCCACCUGGUCAGAAAUUUCUUACAUCAUUCUCAAGAGGCAGAAGAGUUUUGGAAAACAACAAUCUCCAAUUCCAAAUUUAAGGUUCGGGCGCCGAGAGAAGCAUCCAGUUUCAUCAUGCAGUUAGAACUGCUGCGCGUGUCAUAUCCAAUUGUCGAGCAACAGCUCGCUGGCGAAGUCCACUUUCGAUUAAAGCGAUAA